GGCGGCUGCGGCGUGCGGGGGGAGGCAGGUCCCCCCGCUCCUGGAUCUUUUUCUGUAGUGAGCUCAUUUUGAACCAUUGCUGCUACUCUGUUGGAGUUUCCACCCUUAAAGUUUCUCUACUUCAGAGGAUUUGCUCAAUUUAAAAAAUGGCAUUUCAGAAGGCAGUAAAAGGAACUGUUCUCAUUGGAGGAGGUGCCAUAGCAACAGUUUUUGGCCUCUCUCAAUUUUCUCAGUAUAGAAACAAACACGGUACUCUUGUGCAUGUUCAAGCUGCAGAACCUGUGACUGUUCCAAUAAAGAGCUCUUUUCCCACAAGAGAACAACAGCUUUUGACACUGCAGUCUACAAGUGAAUUUGAUGUCCUCGUUAUAGGCGGAGGAGCAACAGGAUGUGGUUGUGCUUUAGAUGCAGUCACUAGAGGACUAAAAACAGCCCUUCUAGAAAGAGAUGAUUUCUCAUCAGGGACCAGCAGUAGGAGUACUAAAUUGAUCCACGGUGGAGUGAGGUAUCUUCAGAAGGCCGUCAUGAAGUUGGAUUUUGAGCAGUACAAGAUGGUGAAAGAAGCACUUCGUGAGCGUGCAAAUUUGCUUGAAAUUGCUCCUCAUUUAUCAGCUCCUUUGCCUAUAAUGCUGCCUGUUUACAAAUGGUGGCAGUUGCCAUACUACUGGGCGGGAAUAAAACUCUAUGAUCUUGUGGCAGGAAAUCAGUGUCUGAAAAGUAGUUAUGUCCUUAGCAAGUCAAGAGCCUUGGAGUACUUUCCAAUGCUACGCAAAGACAAGCUUGUUGGCGCUAUUGUCUACUAUGAUGGACAGCACAACGACGCACGAAUGAACCUCGCCAUCGCCCUCACUGCUGCCAGGUACGGCGCUGCCACAGCCAAUUACACUGAAGUGCUGCGCCUGCUCAAGAGCACGGACCCGCGGAGCGGCCGGCAGCGCGUGCGCGGGGCCCGCUGCAGGGACGUCCUGACAGGGCAGGAAUUUGAUGUCAAAGCCAAAUGUGUUAUCAAUGCUACAGGACCUUUCACAGACUCUGUGCGCAAAAUGGAUGAUCAGGAAGUACCAAACAUCUGUCAGCCAAGUGCGGGCGUGCAUAUUGUCAUGCCUGGUUAUUACAGCCCUGAUAACAUGGGUCUGCUUGACCCAGCCACCAGUGAUGGCAGAGUGAUUUUCUUCCUGCCGUGGGAGAAGAUGACAAUAGCAGGGACCACAGACAGCCCAACUGAUGUUACUUCCCACCCAAUACCAACAGAAGAAGAUAUAAACUUUAUUUUAAGUGAAGUGCGCAACUACCUUAGUUGUGAUGUCGAAGUGAGAAGAGGAGACGUGCUGGCAGCAUGGAGUGGCAUUCGUCCUCUGGUCACGGACCCCAACUCUAAAGACACUCAGUCAAUAUGCCGCAAUCAUAUUGUUUCUAUCAGUGACAGUGGCCUUGUUACAAUAGCAGGUGGGAAGUGGACAACCUACCGUGCCAUGGCACAGGACACCAUCGAUGCUGCUAUUCAGUCUCAUGGUCUCAAUGCGGGUUCCAGUAGGACUGUUGGAUUGCAACUGGAAGGGGCUGAGUACUGGAGUCCUACUCUCUACAUUAGGUUAGUCCAAGACUAUGGACUUGAAAGUGAGGUGGCUCAGCAUCUAGCUUCUACAUAUGGUGACAAGGCUUUUGAGGUGGCAAAAAUAGCCCAAGUUACAGGAAAGAGAUGGCCUAUUGUUGGGAAACGUCUUGUAUCUGAAUUUCCUUAUAUUGAAGCUGAGGUUGUAUAUGGUGUAAAAGAGUAUGCCCGUACUGCAGUGGAUAUGAUUUCCCGCCGUACGCGCUUGGCCUUCCUGAAUGUGCAGGCUGCUGAGGAAGCUUUGCCAAGAAUUGUAGAUAUAAUGGGGAAAGAACUUAACUGGAGUGAGCAGGAAAAAAAGGAAGAACUUGAAGCUGCUAAGAAGUUUCUAUAUUAUGAAAUGGGCUACAAAGUUAAAUCUGAUCAAUUAACAGACAGCUCUGAAAUCAGUCUAGUGCCUUCAGAUAUUGAAAGAUACAAGAAGCGAUUUCAUAUGUUUGACAAGGACAAGAAAGGGUUUAUUACUAUACUGGAUGUCCAACGUGUCUUGGAGAGCAUCAGUGUUCAGAUUGAUGAAAAUGCACUUCAUGAUAUUCUAAAUGAAGUAGAUCUGAACAAAAACGGACAGGUUGAGCUCAAUGAGUUUUUGCAGCUCAUGAGCGCUAUUCAGAAGGGCCGCGUCUCCGGGAGCCGCCUGGCUGUCCUCAUGAAGACUGCCGAGGAGAACCUGGGUCGGAGGGCGGUGAUUCCCGUGGACCGGAGCGGCGGCGGACUGUGAGUCUGAGCAGCCCGCGGGCGGCUGCCGCGGCCGCCUGCCGGGGCGCAAACACAUUCCAGUGCUUCCCACCGGCUCUGCUCGUCCGGGGUGACUUGUGUCUGUCCGUCAGCGUAGCCCUUACAGAAAAUAUGUUGGUGCAUUUGUUUUCCUUAUUAAUGGUUUUCUGUACAGUUCCUAAUACUCCUCCCAGUACGUGGCCUUCUGGAGUGGGUCUGCUUUAGACGCGGUUCGUUAGCGAGGGUUCGGGAAUACGGCCUGGGAAGGUUUGUGGGCAGGGAACGUGCAGCCUUGUUCACUAACUUGUCCAUCACCUUUACCUUCAAAGAAAACGAUGGUUAGGAGGCAAAUCCCCACUUUAGAGAGCGCUGCAUGGAAUUCUGCAAACGUGCAAAACCGAGUGUUUGAAAGCUGCCGAUCUGCCCUCCUCGGAAAAGAGCAAGAGGGAAAGCUGAUGUUCUGGAGUUCUGGGUAGUAUCACAAGGCACACAAAAACCCGAAAACCUCCUCAGGUAACUGUUAUGCUGAGGAGUUGUCAUGACUAUUUACAGAACCUUCCAGGGUGGUUCCUUUUGCUCUUUCCAGUGCUGUAUUUCAGUGGUAUCGAUACUUGGCUAGACAAAAAUAGCAGCAGUAUGAAGCUGGAAAACUACAAGACUAGACAGAAUCCUGCUUUAUCACCCAUAACUUACAAUUUUGAUGUUAAAGGGGGAGCGGGAGGAGAACUUUCCUUUCUCCUGUGUGUGUGAAAAUAAGUUUCCUUUAAUAAAUUACAUUGUCUAGCAAGUGAUGUUUUAUGCUCUGAGGUGUUCUGCACUGUUUCCAAUUUUGGACAAGUACUAGUGAUACGUAAAAUAUGACAGUAUUUGAUAGUAUAACAAUCUUAAUUUAUUUACAAAAUUCUCAAAUACAAAGUGAAAUAGUGAAAUUUAUUUUGUGUUCCAGUAGUUUUUUGUAGAAAAGUGAAAGGGCUAUUUUUCAGCAGAUGAAUAUAAAGAUUAAAAAAAAAACAAAAAAACCCAAAAAAAACUAAGACCACUAAUUUGAGCUGUUUUCAACAAUGUUACAUCUGAAUAUUUGCCUUUGUUUUGUUAAAUCGGUUAGGAUCAAGAUCAGAUGGAAGAUUUCUGCUAAUAUAGAGCAACAAAGGGAAAGGAAAAAACAAUAUGUGAUUAAUGAAUUUCUCAUUCUUUUGUAUUCUUUGAGUAUAAAUACCAUUUUACAUUUCAAACCUGAAGCCUCAGCUCUAAGGUGAGAGAAUUUCUACUUGUAUAAAAUCUGAUGAAUUUUAACUGAUGUCACCUCUUUCACUGAUGGGGUAGAGCAGUACAGUAAUGCACAGCAAGGAUUACCUUCAAAUUUUUAAAGGGAAAAUAUAUGCAUACACAAAAUAGCGGUGCUGAGGAAUAUUGGUAUGUUGUAUGAUACUAAUAAGUACAGAUCUUUUGGGGGCUGGGGCAACAGUCUUUUAAACAAAACAAACAACAUUUGAAAAACAGUCGAGCUCUAAAAACGGGAGUAGGUAAGCCUCAUUUACAAUUCUGUAAACAGAAUCUAUUCUAAUCUCUCUAUUUUUCUCAGUCCAGACAGCUAGUAAGAUCUUCAGCAGAGAGGGCAGGCAGUCCUUAAGAAAUCUCAGGUAAAAUGCCUUUCAAGUGGUUUUGUUUGCUAGGGUGUGUGUUUGUUGUUGUGUUUUGUUUUUUAUUAAUUUGCCUUGUGCUGAAAGGCCGCUCAUGCUAGGAGGAUCCGACUUCCCUUGCUUUGAGUCCGGUGCACGUUAGGCACCGCCUAUUUGAAUGAGGCUUUGCACACACUUGACAAUGUAGGGAUUUAUUUUAUGAACAAAAGGAGUUCGUUUCGUUGGUCCUAUUAACUUCUCCUUUUGAAACAUAUUCCAGUAUUUUCAGAUAAAGUAUCUAAAUGUUUGGCACAGGUUCACACUUCAAAAACCCUCUGCAAAUAAAAGUAAAGAACACAAAACCAGACUCUACACUUAUUACAGAAUUGGAGGGAAAUGAAUGUACAAUGCACAGGUUAUUUUGGUUCAGUGAGCAAGGUAAGGGGGGAGGAGCGUUAAGAUUCUGUUAUUAAUAAUUCAAAAAAAAAAAAAAAAAAGGCGACAUGGAAGCUUUUCCAGGCCAAGGAAAGAAAACACUUGUAUUUAAUAUGUUUGGUAUGGUUUAAAAGAAAAAAGAAAAAUUGUCCUUCACUCCUCUGUAAACAGCACUGUUAAUGCAAGUUUCUCUGUAAAGCCAGUAUUUUCUGCUUUGUACACGGUGUGCUCUUUGUGUGUCGGGGGGGGGGUGUUGCUGCUGUGUGUGGUUGUGUGUUUUUUUUUCUGUGUGUGUGUUUUUUUUUUUUUUUUUUUUUUUUUUGGUAGUGGUGCAUACAGAAUGUGAUGCUGGGAUUUUUUUGGCUAUGUGUAUGUCCCCUGGAAUGGAUUUGCCUUGUGUCUUCAGCACUUUACGGUUCUCUGCUUUUCUUUUCUCUCUCUCUCUCUCUUUUCUUUCUUUUUUUUUGUUUUGGUAUGGCAGCAAGAUCUUGUUUAACUACUUUGUAUAGAAAGAGAAUAUUGCAUAUGUUAGUUAAAACAGUUAAAUCCAUAUGUGAAAAAAAUUCAGAGCUACUUAUUUAAUCACCCUACAUUUGUUUUCUAAAAAGUUUAUUUUUCUUUUUUUUUCCAUGUGAGUGUACUGUUAAGUCUGUUGUAAAAUAUGACUGUCCUACAUUUACUGAUCCUACAUGGAAAAAUAUUAUUGCAAUUUUGAGGUGGGAGUUGAGAUUUUUGGAGGUGUAGGGGGGGUUUUAAUCAUCUGUAGCCUACUAGUGGUGUGGGGUGUGUGUAUGUACACACUGCAUGUUCUUACACAUGUGGCACUUAUGUAUUUUGUUAGGUUAUUGUUCUAGAUUGAAUUGUUAAAUGCUGUGUUUGAGGCUUGUCAUUUUUAUAACUGUCUAGGUGUUUUACUGCUGCUAUUUAUUACUUUUGAUAUACAGAAAGAGCUGCAUGCAUUUUUAGAGCAAUAAGAGGAUGUAUUUAAUGUGCCUUGUUUUUAACUGAAUAAGAGGCAAAAGCAUGAAUCAAUAAAACUGAUUAAAAAGGGUUCAUUCACUGGCACCUUGGUGUUACGAUGGUUACAGAAAUAACUUUGGUUAGCUUUGAAAAAGUUUAAAAUAAAGGUGCAAAAUAAAUGCUUUUUAAUAAGACGUGA